GGUAGCCAUAGAUCAACACAAAGAUAAAUAAAAUUAGACCAGACGAGAGACCAUUAUUAUCAAGGGUAACACAGUUCCAUGCGUUUAUUCUUUUCAAAUGACCUUCGGCUACUAAAUCUCCAAAGGCGAACACUGAUGGCGGGUAAGCAAGAUGAUUUAAGUGGUUGUACGUUUGAAGUUCAUGGUAAAGUUCAAGGUGUAUUUUUUAGAAAGUAUGCGGCUGAAUUCGCUAAGGUAAAUGGCCUUGUCGGCUGGAUUAUGAAUACUGAAAGUGGUACUGUGGUAGGUGAAUUCGAAGGCCCAAGUGUAAGUGUUGAUGCAUUUAAACAUUGGCUUCGCAACAUUGGAAGUCCUAAGUCGCAAAUUGACAGGUGUCAGUUCAAGAACGAAAGAAGGAUAUCUCAGUUACAUUUCGAAAAUUUUAAUAUACGUCGCUAAUCCAAACAUACUCUUUGGUUCUUUUAAAUCCAAUAAACAGCAACAUAUAACCGUCCGCUAGUGAACAACAACUGGA